AUGUCUCAAGAUUGGAAACUUCACGAUCUGGGUAUCCCCAACCCCUUCAACGACCCCUGGAUAGUCAGGAUGGUCAGAAACCCUGAGAAACUGCCCGCCUCUGAACUGUUCGCCGUUCCUAAAGACCAGGAUUCCGAGUAUGAAAACGACCGUUGGACCAACAGAGAUCUGAUCCCCAUCCCGAGAGACCGCCAGACCUGGACGGCCAUGUCCUACUUCGGGUACUGGGCUGUGGCGGGCAUGGGAAUUCCCACGUGGUCGAUGGGCUCAUCUGCCCUCGCGUACGGCCUGAACUGCAAACAGGCCCUUGGAGCCAUUGCUGGCGGGGCGGUCAUUGUUGGUGUCAUUGCCGUGCUUAUCGGAGUCAUUGGCCAGAAAUGCAGGAUCGGCUACACCGUGUCUUCUCGUGCGACGUUUGGUUUCUACGGCUGCUUCCUGCCAAUUGCAAUCAAGUCCUUCAUCGCCUGUAUUUGGCAGGGCCAGCACUUCUACUACAUGGGCCAGGCACUCGUGGGCACGCUUGGGGCUCUGUCGCCCGUCUUUAUCACAGGAACAAUGGGCGAGGCGUUUUCCGACUGGAGCCCGUUGACCAGAAACGAGCUGCUCGGCGUGUUCUUGGCCGUCAUCCUGUUUUCGGUGACGAUGCUCAUUCCGCCAGAGAAAAUGCAGCCCAUGGUGCACAUUUCUUUCGUUUUGCAGACGGGGUCUUUUUUCGGCCUCAUGGGCUGGGCCAUCCACGCGAACGGCGGCAAGCUCGGCCCGCUCUGGGACAGAGAGCAGACCACGGGUACCAACCCGGGCUGGGCCGCGUUCUUCAUGAUCACCAACAUUUGCGGGUCAAAUUCGGGUGUUCUGGGCCAAAGUGACUGGACAAGGUACGCAAAGACCAGAUUUGCGCCAAACUUCAGUCAGGUCGUCACCGCCCCGGUGACGCUUUUUCUGACCGCCGCCAUGGGCAUUUUCGCCUCGGCCGCCAUGGAACCCGUGCUCGGCGAGAUUUAUUGGAACCCGGUGACUUUACUCCCAAAACUGCUUACUCACUACCACUUCAGCCCUUCAGUGCGCGCAGGGGUGUUUUUCGCCUCUUUUGGAAUUAUCUCAGGACAACUAUGGCAGGCAGUCCUGCUGACGGCGUGCAGUACCGGAAUGGAUAUCUCAGGAUUCGCUCCCAAAUACAUCAACAUCCGCCGUGGGAGCUACGUUAUGACAGUGAUCGGGCUUCUGUGCCAGCCAUGGAAGCUCCUCGCAACGUCCAACACGUUCCUAACCGUGCUCUCUGGGUUUUCCGUGUUUGUGGGCCCUCUCGUUGGCGGAGCGUUGGCAGAUUUCUUCAUUGUGAGAAGAAUGAAGUACAGAAUGCGCGAUCUGUACAGAUGCGAGGACUCUAUCUACUGGACAAAGUGGGGGCUGAACUGGAGAGGCCUGUUCUCGUUUGCUGUUGGAUUCAUCCCAACGCUUCCUGGCCUGGUCUGCAUGGCAGGCAAUUACCACAUGCCUUCCGGCUACGAGAAAUUCUACAACCUAACCUAUCUGGUGGGGCUGCUGGUCACGCUUGUCGUCCACUCGCUGAUCUGCUACAUUUUCCCUCCUCCUGGACUUGGGCUCGAGGCUCCGUACUACGAGAAACAGUCAGAAAUCGAGACUAUACCAGAAUUCGAAAAAGCAAACUACGUCGCUGAGGUCACCGAGCAAGACAAUUCCAGCUCUGUUUGA